AUGGCUUUACAAAACAUCAGCCUUUUGCUUCUGCUUGCAUCUGGAAUCAUAGCUCUAGACUGUGAUCACAUUCUACAGAACCAAAAAUGCGAGAACCAGAGGAACAGAGAGCUGCUGAGAGUGAUGGGCAGAAAAGGGCCCCCUCAAGAGUGCCUCUAUGAAAUGCCAGACUUCAGCUUCCCUGUGAAAAAAGUAUUUGGGUCCAGCAAAGGGGAUGGAAGACUGGCCAUGGGGUUCAUCCUCAAGCAGAUCUCAAAUCUCUUUCUGCAAAAUGUCACCCAAGCAGAAUGGGACAUAAACUCCCUACUCCAUUUCCGAGUUGCCCUUCACCAACAAAGUGUAGAGUGGGAUGGGUGCUUGACUGGAGAAGAUGGAAGGUUUGAAGAUCCACAAGUAAAACUGUAUCUGCUGAAAUACUUCAGAAAAAUCAAUUCUUUCCUAAAAGACAAACGAUACAGUCUUUGUGCCUGGGAGGCUGUGCGACAGGAAAUGCAGAGCAGCUGUUUUCCCAUAGUACUUGAUCGGCUCACAAAAAGACUCCGAAAUAAAGAUCAGGACUUGGAGCCCUGUAACAACAUCAGACCUUUUGCUUGA